CGCGGAGUUAGACCGCGAAAAAGGUGACGUCGAGGGUUUUGAUGUCUUUAUGCAUAUUGAUGGGUUAUCUUUCAUCUAGUUGCGUAACCUUAUACAAGUUUAUCAAAAUUAUUAAGGCGCUUCUGACUUUUAUUGGGUCGUUGGUCGCAUUUCUGUUCCUCUUUUACACUACUCAUCACGUGAAGAGUACGGAAAGUAAUAUCAUUGUAUGUUCAUACAUAAGAUUAAAAAUUGCGCGAUUUAAGGCUUAUGUUCACUCAUGUAACUCGGUGAUUGGUGAGAAACUCAUUUUUCACUCGAAAAUCGCUCAGUUAGAAGAUUUCACUAAUAAGAACUGCAACUCAGCUAGCAUUUCUUUCGGGAGCAUUGCAGAUUUUUUUCGGGCAGACUUCGGACGCAUUGUAGACUUUUUAGGGCAGGCUUAAGGACACUGUUCCAUGUAUGUUUAUUCACCCUAGGUUUUUUGUCCCAAAGUCUGCAGUGCGCCUGAAAAAAUUGCUAGCUGAGAAGUUCACUGUAGUCGAAUAUAGUCGUUUCAGGCUUAGUAUUAUGUCAUUUCAAGUGGUUUCCAAUGCAGCAUAUAACUUUAAAAGCAGUACUGUGACCAAAAGACACUAGUUUGUAAUCUCUCAUCAGCCAAUUCGUCAAGGAGAUUAAAAUGAUUUGGACGAAGUGGAUGUCAUGCGGAAAGCUUGAAAAUGUUUUGAUCCCACCAGUCUCUACUCUGUAAAUUCAAAAACAUGCUUUCUGAUCAAGUGAAAUAACCCUAAUGAAGGCUAAAUCACAUCUCUUUGUCACAGUUUUAAAUGGUGUCGUGAAAAAUCCAGUAUCUCCAAAUCCUUGGUUUUUGAUGCAGUGUUGAAGUUAUUUUGUAGAAUAACACAUUAGUCUUCCUACGAAAUAACUUUUGUAUCAGAGUUAUCAGUCAAGCUAUUAUUCAGAGUGUCCCUACCAUUGUGAGUGAGAACACGCACACUUGUACUAAUCUUCAGUAGCCACUUUGUGCGCCAUGCCUAGCCAGUCUGUCACCUUUGAAGUCGUUCAGAUAUUAACGUUGGCCUCAAAAGUCGGACAAGAUAAUCUGAUUUCAAACGAUAUUUUAUUAAGACUUCCUUCAAUACUGUUCUCUUGAAUCAAUAAAUUGAUUUACUCUUAACUGCUGUUUAGUGAUCAGUGAACUUGAAGUCAUUACAGUUAAAAAUUUCAGUGUUAUAAUCGCUACUUUUGGGACAGUUUUUCGCUUUGGUAUUGCAUUUAUUCCACUGAAUUAGGUGUCCUCUUUACAACUCGUGGGUCGCAAUUAUAAGUCGUUCCCUUUGCGAGGCUUAAAUCAUCACCAAAUAAUUCACCAUCUGAAUGUGGACUUCCUAAAAUCUUCGAAAGAAUUCGGAACAUUCUUCAUAUUUCAACCGCAAGGUAGGACCUAGCAUAGCUGUAUACUAGUCCAAAUUAGUACACUGGUUAAAUUAAGAGUGAUUUUUAUGAUGACAGUUUUUCAACAUUUGGAAAUGUCACCUAGAUAUGAUUAGCGCAUAUAUUAUCAGUUAUGUUUAUUAGCAGCGAGGGCCUAGCAAAUUAGGGACGAAGUGCAGUGGUGGACAGUUAUGUUGAAGGGAACUGGCUGACGUUGAAGGGAGUUUAAAAGUUCACUAAAUUAAUGAACAGAACAUACCACCGACUGGCUAUCCAUUCCUUCUUCGGACACCUCACUGUCGCAAAACCUGCAACUCCUGGUAAAGUCUUAAUUGCCAUAGAUAAACUGAGAUCAGAACCAAUCUCUCCUUAAGUUAUUAUCACGAGGGUGUAAAGAUAGCCGUAGGCUUAAGAUUUUCUGGAAACUGAUCAAUACUUCUGCCACGACCAGCAUUACUUCGGUGUUCCCAAAUAUUAUGCGUAAAUUUUUAUAAGAUACGACAGGGAUGAUAGGUCAGUUAACAACGUUAUAAAACUUCUUGUUAGCUGAAGUGUCUGGGGCAUUGGUUUCGCACACUUACGAACUGACAUACUGUUCCAGUUAGGGUGGAAUCAAGACGACAAGAAGCUGAGGAUGAAGUAUGUAGUAAGCUAGGAUAGGCUUCUUCGACCAAGUCCGAAAAACUUAGUUUAAGUCUAACAAUGAAUCAUUAAAAAAUACGAUAUUCAUAACCUUCUGCGAUCUGAACUGUAAUAUCAUGUAUUUGGUGAUUAGUGAUUAGUCACUUUCUUUCAUACUGUUGUGACAUUUUUGAUCUUGUCUUUGACUACUACUUUAACGUGCUGGUGUAUAUUUUUAUGAAUUAAGUCGAUGUGUAGUCUUUUUAAGUACUACGUUGUUCGUAUCUGUCUGAAUUGCAUACGCUAAUCAUUAGUUUAUUAAUUAACUGGUUUCCCUAAUUAUUAUUUUUCUGAAUUUAUUGGGAUUCCAUCUUACGUAUCAAUGCUCAUUUUUUAAAAGUUUUAUCGCGGAUUGAUAUAAGUUAGGGAACAGGACAGCUGUUUCGUCAUAGUUUGGGACUCAUUGGCGGUAUACAUCCAAUGGGGCUGGAACCCAGGACCCUCUGGUUACAAGGCAAGCUCGUAAACUAUUCAGCCAUAGGGUCCCGACUCAAUGACCCAUAAAUUCUACCAAUUCUCAACGGCUCUCUAACUGAUAUCAAUUUGUGACCAAACUCCAAAUAAGUUAUAUCCUUACAAACAAACUCUUAGCAACUCAUUUUGUUAUUUUUAGGCUCACGUGCUGGUUGUGUGGAUUUCCACCGCCAAUAUACAGACGUUCUACUCCAUCAGCUAUCUGGGAAAUAAGACACUACAGACUAAUAAAGAAAACUAAAAAUCUCUUAGACAUUACGUUCCAGCCAUGGUUUUCAAGCUUAUCAGAUUGUGUCUACUUUUCCUGCUGGCAAAUACUUCUUGGUCUGUUGACCGGUCGAAUUUCAAGACAUGUGACCAGAGCUCGUUUUGCACUCGACAGCGAAAAUUGAAAGCUAACAGUCUAGACUACUGGUUGGAACCAAACUCCAUCAUAACGAAUUCGUAUGGUAUGACUGCUAUUAUUCAAACUCAGGAUCAAAAUCACUCACUUUUAUUAAAUAUUUCUUAUCAUCAACACUCCAUCUUUCAUGUGUUCAUCGAUGAGCUUACAAAUGAGUUUAAACGGUUUCGUGUGCCUUCAGGCGAUGUAAUCUUGAAAAGUGUCCAGGAAGCACCUGUUAAAUCAAUGGUUAAUACAACCAAUGUAGUGCUACAAGGAAAUUCUGGAGAUAAAGCGGUUGUGCAUUAUAAACCUUUCCACAUUGAUUUUUUGUUGGAUAAUACUGUUGUGGCUUCAGUUAAUAGAAGGAAUCUUCUACAUUUUGAGCAUCAGAGAAAUAAACCUGUUGUCGAAAAACAGUCGACUGAAGAGAAUAAUCACACUUCUGGUGAGACUCACAAUCUAGAUACCUCAUCCGUCAAAGACUAUGACAAAUCCUCAAGUGAUUCAGAUGUCCCCAAAGACACUGCAACAGUUGAUGAAAACAAAGUUGAUGAACAACAACCACAUUCUAGUUCACAAGAUACAGUUUCUAGUGAUCCAACAUGGUCUGAGCACUUCAAAGAACAUCUUGACUCAAGGCCUCAUGGAUUGAAUUCGAUUUCAUUGGACUUUGACUUUCAUGGGUUCAAUCACGUUUAUGGCAUUCCAGAACAUGCUGAUGGAUUUGUGCUAAAAUCAACAAGCAACGGCGAUCCAUACAGGCUUUACAAUCUUGAUGUUUUCGAAUACGAGUUAAACAAUCCUAUGGCCCUGUAUGGCUCUGUUCCUGUUUUAUGGGGGCAUAAUCAAAAUCAUACAGUUGGUAUUUUGUGGCUCAAUCCAUCAGAAACGUGGAUUGAUAUCGAGUACUCGAAUUCAGAAACCAAUGGCCUAUUCUCUAGAAUCCCGAAUUUCUUCGCGAAAACAUCUCAGGAAACUCGUGUGGAAACUAGAUGGAUAUCAGAGUCUGGUUUGGUAGAUUUAUAUGUUUUUAUGGGUCAUGUUCCCUCUGAAGUAAUGAGCGCAUAUGCUUAUCUGGUGGGAACAACAAAAUUACCGCCGCUGUUUGCUAUAGGUUAUCAUCAGUGUCGAUGGAAUUAUAAUGAUGAGGCUGAUGUACUCACGGUGGAUAAGCAUUUCGAUGAAUAUGAAAUUCCUGUUGAUGUUUUAUGGUUAGAUAUUGAGCAUACAGACGGAAAGCGUUACUUCACAUGGGAUCUAAACAAAUUCCCUAAUCCUGGAGAAAUGGUUGAUAAAUUAAAUGUCAAAGGUCGAAAGCUUGUCACAGUUGUUGAUCCUCAUAUUAAACGCGAUUUAAACUGGCCCUUAUUUAGUAACUCUCAGAACAGUGGGAUUUUCGUAAAAACCAGGGAUGGUACUGAAUAUGAUGGUUGGUGCUGGCCUGGUUCUAGCGCAUGGCCUGAUUUUACUGACGAAACUGUUCGACAGUGGUGGUCAAAUCAAUUCCUAACUUAUGAACCUAUUCGCAAAGAUACAAUGUUUACUUGGAAUGACAUGGGGGAACCAUCAGUUUUCAACGGUCCGGAAGUCACUAUGCAUAAAGAUGCUAAACAUGCAAAUAAUUGGGAACAUCGUGACAUACACAACUUGUAUGGUUUGUACGUUCACCAAGCAACUUGGAAUGGGCAAAUGUUACGGGCAAAUGGUAUGGAGCGUCCCUUUGUACUCUCUCGGGCAUUUUUUGCUGGAUCUCAGAGGACAGCAGCUGUUUGGACCGGAGAUAAUACCGCAGAUUGGGGACACCUAAAGAUUUCAAUCCCAAUGCUUCUCAGUCUAUCGGUCACGGGUUUGACAUUGAGCGGAGCUGAUGUUGGAGGAUUUUUCGGAAAUCCAGAUCCUGAGUUACUGACAAGAUGGUAUCAAGCUGCUGCUUACCAACCAUUUUUCCGCGCUCAUGCUCACAUUGAUACUAAACGCCGUGAGCCUUGGUUGGUACCUGCAGAAUAUGUUGAUCCUAUACGGAAAGCUAUACAAGCACGUUACAAUUUACUUCCCUAUUGGUAUACUACAUUUGCUCGGUCAGAAGCAGAUGGCCAACCAGUUAUGGCGCCAAUCUGGUAUCAUUUUCCUAAAGACGUGAAUACAUUUGCCUUGGAGGAACAAUAUAUGAUUGGUGAAGCUUUACUUGUAAAUCCUGUCACUUCCCAAGGUGCUAGUCAUGUACAAAUAUACUUCCCUAAAGGAACAUGGUAUCACAAUCCGUCAUUCGAGGUCUAUACAGGUGAACAGUUAGUGCAGUAUCCCGUCACAUUAUCAUCCAUACCUACAUUUUAUAGAGGUGGUUGGAUUAUACCGAGAAAAGAACGCAUACGUCGUUCCUCAUGGCUUAUGCGUGAUGAUCCAUACACUUUCAUCGUGUGUUUGGAUCCUGAAGAGCCUAAUGCUUCUGGUUACAUAUAUUUUGAUGAUUUUCAUUCUACCUCCAAGUUAAAUGCACAAUUUUUCAAAAUUAUCUAUGAUCGAGUUGUAGAUCCAACAGGUGGAUAUAUGCAUGGUGGACGAUUGCGUUUAGUACGUUUACCAUUACCAGGUGAAAUAUCUAUUUCUUCUUCUACAAACGAAAUGGUUAUUCCGAGAAUUGAACGUAUUGUUAUUGUUGGAUUAAAUAGCACAUUAGAAAGAGUUACUGUUAUUGAAGAGCAUAAACCACGUAGAAAUGUAGAAUUUUCAGUUAAUCCACCAAUUCAUCUUUCUGGUAGUGGUUCCACGUACACACCUCAAACUGUUUUUGUUCGUAAACCCGAACUUUUAGUAAACGAUCAAUGGGAGGUUCAUUUUGUCACUGGUAAAGAACUGAAAGACGAUUUAUAAAUGAAAACUAAUGUUUUUUUCUAUUUGUUUUUGUACAAGAAUCUGUUCUGCAUGUGUAUAUGAAAAUGUUACUUUGAAAUACACCUACAAAAAAGACCUCUUAUUUUUAGACUAGUUGUUUAUAAACCUACUCUUUACUUUUUUGUUUACCAAGUGUAAUAUGUGUAUGCUAACUUUUUGUCAUUUGUCCUUUUUCUCUUUACAUUUCUGAUUUGUCUUCACUAUGUAUUUUGUUUCCUUUCCAAAGCACACCUCUUCUAGUUUUUUUUGGUUCUUUUAUCUCAGCACUAGUGAUGUGUAUGUACUUUUCAUAUAAUCGAAUUAGGCUUCUAAAUAUAUAUUUUAAUUGUUGU